AUUUCAAUAAGUAUGGCCGAGGUUAAUGUGAUCAAUACUAAAAGUCAAAUUUUAGAGAUACUUUCGGAAUUAAACGUGGAUGAUGUACAAACAAUCGAAAAAUGGAUAUGUUCAGGAUCAUACAAAGAAGAUUUACAGAAACUAAAAACAUUGCAAGAUCUUGAAAAACCACUUAAGAAAAUAGGUACAACCUUAAAACCUAUGGUCCCGUUUAAAGCUGAAAUGCCAACAGAAACUAUUAUACCACCAGAAGUUGGUGACCAAGCUGACUGCAAUGAAGUUAACACUCUCCACAUAGACGAAUUUCUGUAUGAUGUGAAAGAUGUUGAGAAACUUAUUAAAAAAGGCAAAAUAAAAAAAUAUUAUUGCAAAGACUGCGGCUCCCGAAACUCAGAGGAAUUGAUCGUCACAUCUCAUUCAAUGUCAAGAAAAGCUCUUCAGUAUAUAUUUAAAGUGUUGUUGCCAGCAGAUUUGAAAGGUAAACAGUUAUUGGAUGUGGGAUCUAGAUUAGGAGCAGUGUUAUAUGGUGCAUAUUACUGUUCUAAUGCGGCUAAAAUCAUUGGAGUUGAAAUAAAUAAAGAACUCUGUGAUAUACAAGAUAAAAUAAUAAAACAAUUUUCUAUGGACAAAAAUAGAAUACUUGUGGAGCAUUCAGACGUAACAAAUGUGGAAAAUUUAAUCAAAACCACAGAUAUUCUCGUAGUAAAUGUUUUGGACUUUUUUGUUGAUAUACAAAAGCAUAUAGAAAUAUGGCGAUUUUUAAGAAAACAUUUAAAAAAGGGAGCACAUCUGGUUGCAAAUAGAAGCAUGGUUGAUACUUUUAACUGCCUUGAUAUUUUUGAAGAAUUUAUUGAUUGGUUAACAAUAUGCAAACCUUAUCAAAUAGAUAAUGAGAUGUUAUUUGAUGUUGAAGAAUACAGUGAAAUAUAUUUGUAUACUAUUAUGUAAAAUAUAAAUUAGU